GUCACGCCGAAAUCCGAAGACUUCUCGCGCUGGUACCUCGACGUCAUCCGCGAGUGCGAGCUCGCGGACUACGGCCCCGCGCGAGGCACGAUGGUCAUACGCCCGUACGGGUACGCGCUCUGGGAGGGCAUUCAGCGUUGGAUGGACGCGAAGUUUAAGACCACGGGCGUCGAGAACGCGUACUUUCCGCAGCUCAUCCCGUAUUCGUUCAUCACGAAGGAGGCGUCGCACGUGGAAGGGUUCUCCCCGGAGCUCGCGGUCGUGACGCAGGGCGGCGGGAAGACGCUCGAGGAGCCGCUCGUGGUGCGUCCGACGUCCGAGACGAUCGUGAACCACAUGUUCUCGCAGUGGAUUCAGUCCUACCGCGACCUGCCGCUGCUGAUGAAUCAGUGGGCGAACGUCCAUCGGUGGGAGAUGCGCACGCGGCCGUUCAUUCGCACGCUCGAGUUUCUGUGGCAGGAGGGGCACACCGCGCACGCGACCGCGGAGGAGGCGGAGGAGCGCGCGGUGCAGAUGAUCGACGUGUACCGCGAGUUUGCCGAGGACGUCGCCGCGAUGCCGGUGAUCGUCGGCCGUAAAUCGCGCGUCGAGACGUUCGCGGGGGCGAAUAACACGUACACGAUCGAGGCGAUGAUGGGGGAUAAGCGAGCGCUGCAGGCGGGGACGUCGCAUAACCUCGGGCAAAACUUCGCAAAGGCGUUCGACACGACGUUCCUGGACGAGAACGGGAAAACGCAGCACGUGCAUCAGAGCUCGUGGGGCGUCAGCACGCGGCUCAUCGGCGGGAUCAUCAUGACCCACGGCGACGACGUCGGCUUACGGCGCGUUCUAUACACUGGUCCCCAUACGACCGCGCUCCCGCCCGCGCUCGCGCCGAUCCAAGUCGUCGUCGUCCCCAUCGCGCAGAAGAACAAGGACAAGGAGUCCGUGAACGCCGCCGCGAGCGCGGUCGUGAAGACGCUGACGGACGCGGGCGUCCGCGUCAAGCUCGACGACGACGAGAGGAACUCGCCGGGGUGGAAGUUCGCGCAGUGGGAGAUGAAGGGGGUACCGAUUCGCGUCGAGAUCGGCCCGAAAGACGUCGCGAACGACGCGUGCGUGCUCGCGCGGAGGGACAAGCCCGGGAAGGAAGGGAAGGAGUUCGGCGUCUCCGUGGAACCGAGCGCGCUCGUCGGUAAAGUCCGGGAGACGUUGGCGGACGUCCAGAGCGCGCUGUUGAGCGAGGCGAGAGCGUUUAGGGACGAGAACAUCGUGGACGUGACGUCGUACGAAGAACUCAAAGCAGCGAUCGACGCGGGGAAGUGGGCCAGAGGGGGAUGGGAAGGCAGCGACGCGGACGAGGAGAAGGUGAAGGAGGACACCGGCGCGACGAUUCGGUGCUUUCCGUUCGACCAGCCCGCGGGGCCGCACACGUGUUUGAUGACCGGCGUCGAGGCGAAGGAGGUGUGCCUCUUCGCGAAGUCGUAUUAA